UAUUUCUAGAAAUGCAAACGUCUAAAAAAGACAGUUUGUCAUCUGCCUCUACUUCGAAAAUAGACUCCUGGAAUUCAACAUGGUUGGAUACCAUCUUUGGAAUGUACCUUCACAAUAAAUCAGGAAAACUAACACUCUAUUCCAGCUUAUUCUGCGAUCAAAGGAGUAUUCAUAAACAUUGAUACUAUAUAAGCAGAUUGUUCAAGAUGAAUUUAGUAAAAAGCUGCAGCAAAUUAUUCAUCCAGUCCAGACCAAUAAUGGGGUGUCGGAUUACAAAAGAAAGCUUUGUUAUCUCAAGAGGUCUCAGUUGUACUGGAGUACAUAGAAAUGUGGUAGACGUAAAAGAAUCUGGGAAAAGUGUGACUGUCACAUUCAAUAAUAAUUCAAAGCAUGAUUUCCAUUAUGUAUGGUUGCGAGAUCAUUGCAGAUGCAAAAAAUGCUUUAAUGCUGCUACAAAUCAACGAGAAGUUGAAAACAUUAUUCCUGUGGAUAUACAACCUAAAAGUGUUGGAAAACUGGAUGAUAAACUUCAAAUAAUAUGGAAAGAUGAUCAUGUCACAACAUAUGAAGGAUCGUGGUUACAAAAACAUCAUUAUGGUCAAACCUACAGCUCCAUUUUGUUAAAUGAAGUUGAUCAAUAUUUCUGGGGUAGUGAAUUGAAGGUUAACAUGCCACCAACUGUAAAUUACACAAAGUUGUUAACAGAAGAUACCGAAGUUUUAAAGUUGCUUGAAACAAUUACAAAGUAUGGUUUUGGCUUCGUUUCAGAAACUCCUACAACUGUAAAGGGGAUGCGAGAUGUAUGCGAUACGAUUGGACCAGUCAAGCACACGUUUUAUGGUGGUGUAGUUGAAUUUUCUAACAUUUCGCUUGAUCAGCUAGAACACUUCGAUACCUCAUAUCUUAACGUUUUAUUGAACGGUCAUACUGAUGGCACAUACUUUUCAGAUGCACCUGGGUUGCAGUUGUUUCAUUGCCACCAACAUACAGGUGGUGAGGGAGGAGAGACACUUCUCGUGGAUGGUAUUGGUGCUGCUUACAAACUAAAGGAGUGUGAUCCUGAAUCGUUUGAGUUUCUGUGCUCUAAAGCACUACCAGCGCAAUAUUACGAACCUGGCAAUUACAACAAAAUAUUGGAUACGAUGAUAAAAAUUGAUCCAUCCACGAAGGAGAUCUGUCAAGUCAGAAUAAACAACUACGACCGCGACGUGUUGACGUGUAUGUCGUACGACGACGUUGAAAAGUUUUACAAAUCUCUGUAUAGCUUCAUGUCUAUUAUAAAGAAUCCGGAAAACGAACUCUGGUUUAAAUUGACGCCGGGAAAUCUGAUUGUUAUUAACAACUGGAGAGUUUUACACGGACGAUCUUCAUUCACUGGUUCAAGAACGAUGGCUACUUGUUAUAUGUGUAUGGACGAUGUUUCAGGUAAAUUGAGAGCUUUGCGGGAAAAAUAUUAAUAUCAAGAGCUUUAUUACAGUUUAAUUAAAAAACGCAUAAUAUAUAAAAAUAUUAUCACAACAGUUUUAAGGUCGACCUGUAGGACAGGUUUAAUAAAAAAGAAAGAUUUUUGAGUAAAUCCACGUGUCACGGUAUUAUUGUUGUCAAAGACAAUGGAGCAAGAAUUUUUUAAUGAACAAAGGAUAAGGGGGUGGGGGAGAACAAAGGAGGGGGUGGGUUGGUGUUGCAACCUUCGUUUUUAGUUUUCUAAAUUUUCAAUAAAAAAGUUUAUUAUACUUUUUAAAACACAUUAUUGCAGAGUAAUAUAUUUUUUACGAUUCUUAUAAAUAAAAACUUUGAUAGUAUACAGUGGUCAGAAUAUAAACUUAUUUUUUUUGACCUGAUUUUUCGGUUUCUGUAUGUGGGUAGCUUUAGGGCGCUUAUUUUCCUAAUUUUUAAGAUAAAUUAGAAAACUUUAUUACAGUUUUAAAAACACAACAUUAUAACAGAAUAAUUUAUAUUUUAAUAUAUUUUUUACGAUUUUAACAAAUAAAAAUUUUUAUUUCAUACAAUGAUAUAUUUUUAUAUAUAUUUUUUUUCAGAAUAAACCUAUCCAACAUUUUUUCAUACAUAUUUCGUUGUUUCUGCAGUUCUUCUAAGCUUGUUAAUAGUUUCGUGAAUUAGGAACCGACGUGGGGAUAGAAGGUACUCGAAGCAUGAAUGUUUUCUACUCUUUUUCUUCAAAUGAACUUUUUAAUUUGGUGGUUGAUUCCAAACCAUAAGCUCCUGAUGCAUUUGACUCGAAUAUCUGGAACGACCUUUUGUGUGUUUGUGUGUUUGUUUGUUUGUUUGCUUGUUUGUUUUUGAGUUAGCUUGAUUGGUGUGUAGAAUUUAUUUUAGAAAUUUGAAGAAAACGUUUUCAAAACUAGGUGAAAUAUUUCCUUUAAGAUGUUCUUUCAACCGAAUGGUUGAUUUGCUUGUUUGGCUUUUGUAUAUGUAGCUUUGGAGCGUUUAUUAACCGUAAAAUUAAUUCAAAAUGACAUUACGGAAUUAACCUAGUUUGCGACGGAUUACAAUAUCGGACAUAAGAUAUAUAUUCUCGGGGAGAAAGCUGGGUUUAGGUAAGGGGAAGUUUAGUCACCAAUACGGAUAAGGAACAAAAAAUGCAGUGUUCGCACACUUCUAAAAAUCCCAAAAUUUCCUGUUGUUUUUUUUGGAGAAACUCAACUUAUAUAAAGGAUUUUCUUUUGUAAAAUAAAUUUCACAAUAUUAAAGUCAAAUUUUGUGUACGUGUUUUCCUAGCUGAUCGUAAGAAUUUCUUUAAAAAAACCGUUGAAACACUCCUAAAUAUCCUUAAAAAAUGAGUGCGAACCCUGAAAUGUUACUCCUUUACCUCUCUACUUAACCUCGGCAUCUUGUAAUUUUACUGACCCCGGGACGGCGAAAAGAACAUGUUCGUCUCGUUCUCCCCAUAUAAAAAAGAGACAACAGGCACUGGGAACGAGGUUGCUUUCUACUGCAUUAGCUAAUCUUAAAACUAGUCGGUUGAGCAUAAAAAUUAAAAUAGGCCCGUAGAAAAAUUAACUUUUU